AUGGACUCGGACGCCAGCCUGGUCUCCAGCCGCCCGUCCUCGCCAGAACCCGAUGACCUCUUCCUCACGGCUAGAAAUAAAGGCAGCGGCGGGGGCUUCACGGGAGGCACCGUGUCCAGCUCCACGCAGAGCGACUCCCCGCCGGAGCUGAGCGCCGAACUGCGCAGCGCCAUGAGCGCUGCGGGAGUAGUGGUGGUGGACAAGCUGGGCUUCAAGUCCUCGUCCUCCUCCUCGUCUUCCUCCUCCUCCUCUAAGAAGGACAAGAAGCAGAUGACGGAGCCGGAGCUGCAGCAGCUGCGGCUGAAGAUCAACAGCCGGGAGCGCAAGAGAAUGCACGACCUGAAUAUCGCCAUGGACGGUCUGAGGGAGGUGAUGCCCUACGCCCAUGGCCCGUCGGUGCGCAAACUCUCCAAGAUCGCCACGCUUCUCCUGGCGCGCAACUACAUCCUCAUGCUCACCAACUCCCUGGAGGAGAUGAAGCGCCUGGUCAGCGAGAUCUACGGCGGGCACCACGCCGGCUUCCACCCUGCCGCCUGCCCCGGUGGCAUGGGCGCCCACUCUGCGCCGCUGCCCGGACACCCGGGCCACCCCGCCUCGCACCCAGUCCACCACCCCAUCCUGCCCCCCGCCGCCGUCUCCAGCGCCUCCCUGCCCGGCUCAGGCCUCUCGGCCGUCAGCUCCAUCCGGCCUCCCCACGGGCUCCUCAAGUCUCCCUCGGCCGCCGCCGCCCCGCUGGGCAGCGGCUUCCAGCACUGGGGGGGCAUGCCCUGCCCCUGCAGCAUGUGCCAGGUGUCAGCCCCGCCGCACCACCACGUCUCCGGCAUGGGCACCGCCAGCCUCCCCAGAUUAGCCACCGAUACUAAAUGA